CUGAGAAUGGGGCGUGGACUCAUCACUGACCUCCUCUCUCGGAGCUUAUACUUCUCCCUCCAGUUCCUACUCAAUGAUAGAGCAACGGAGGUGAUCAGCGCUGGCAGAGAAAUCCGGACUAAUGAUGCAUCCCAUGGCUUAUCCAGAAGUCAACUGCUGCUCGAAGACAAACACAUUCCCGUCGAACUGCAGCCAUACUUGGAGCAGGGAAAGAGAACCUACGAAUCCUUCAAGCAGAUUCUACAAAAUACUGCCUGGGAGCCCAUGACUAUGCUGUCUGAUGACGUGAUCAAAAUCGCAAGUGCUUACAACAGAGAUAGUCGACUCACCAUGUUUCAUUUAGAGACGGUGGUGAACGUUCCUGCUGACAUGGUCUUCAGGGAAGACUGGGAUCACGUACCAGAUUACCCUAAGUGGAAUCCCAACUUUCUUCACACGGAAGUCAUUCUUCGUAUCACGCCACAAUGCCAGUUGACUUACAAGGUGUCAUCUCCGGUUGGAAACGGCUUGAUCUGGAGCAGAGACGCUGUGACAAUCAUGUAUUGGGACAAAGAAGGCAAUAAUACCUACAUGACCUUCUCCAGCUCCUCCUGGCCUGCAUUUCCUCCGUCUAGUCAAUAUGUCAGGGCGACGUUCUUCCCUCAAGGAUUCGUUUAUUCUCCGCUGCCUGGCCAUCCCGAUAAGACACUAAUCCAGUGGAUCAAUCACGUGGACGUCCAUCUCGCAUUCGUCCCUGCGUCAGUCAUUAACCUCGUCCUGGCGAAGGCCUGCAAGGACGGCCUAAUCCACUACCAGGAACGCGCGAAAACCUUGAGGAAGAAAAUGGAGGAAGUGUGACUCUUCAAUUUUGUGUUGCAUGUUAUUUUUUUUUACCAGUUCAUUUAAUGGGGGACUCGAUAUUCUUCGGGCAUUAAAAAAUAUCGGAGCU